AUGCCUUCCUCCCCUAGACCUCCUUCAACAUUCCAUAGAGUGAUUCAUAUUGCCUUUGCAGCAAUUCUCGUCAUUGUCACUUGUUUUUCGGGUCAUGUCUAUAGCAUAGACGAUGCCGAAGCCCCAGGUCCGCCAACAGUCUUAGAUUCUCCGCUGCUGACAAGCAAAAUUCAAACCAACCGCACAAUUAAGGUUGACAUCAAUGGCGAUGGCGAUUUCACCUCUGUCCAGGAAGCCAUUGAUGCUGUUCCUCCAGGCAAUGGCGAGUGGAUCAUUAUCCAUGUAAGGAAAGGGGUUUACAGAGAAAAGGUGCACAUACCAGAAGACAAGCCUUACAUAUUCCUGAGAGGGAACGGGAAAGGAAAGACAGCCAUUGUCUGGUCCCAAAGCUCUGCUGACAAUAGGGCCUCUGCCACAUUUUCUGUCGAAGCUCCCCACUUCGUUGCUUUUGGUAUUAGCUUUAAGAAUGAGGCUCCUACUGGGGUUGCUUUUACCUCACAGAACCAGUCAGUGGCAGCAUUUGUGGGUGCAGACAUGAAUGCUUUCUAUCAUUGUGCAUUUUACAGUACUCACAACACUCUCUUUGAUUACAAAGGCAGGCAUUACUAUGACGACUGCUACAUCCAGGGCUCAAUUGAUUUCAUAUUUGGCCGUGGCAGGUCCAUGUUCCAUAACUGCGAGAUUUUUGUAAUUGCAGAUAAGAGAGUUAAGAUUCUCGGAUCAAUCGUAGCUCAAAAUAGGGAAUCAGCAGAAGAUAAUGCUGGGUUUGUGUUUGUUAAAGGGAAGGUGUAUGGUAUUGGUGAUGUAUAUUUGGGAAGAGCCAAAGGUUCCUUUUCCAGGGUCUUAUUUGCCAAGACCUACUUGUCUAAGACCAUAACACCCCAUGGUUGGACCAAUUGGAGCUAUGCUGGCAGUACAGAUAAUCUAUUCCAGGCGGAGUACAAAUGUCAUGGACCUGGAGCUGAUACAUUUAACCGUGUUCCUUGGUCGAAACAGCUAACUGAACAGGAAGCAGAGCACAUGAUGUCAGUCGAUUUUGUAGAUGGAAAGAAUUGGCUUCCAGCAUGGCUUUGA